GUUUUUUCUACGUGUGAAGUUGUCAAAUUUAAGAGGAAAAAAACAUUCACUGGCUGAAAUCCGACAGCUGCUCAACAAGCACGAGGCUGACGGCAGCCUGCUGCGCUAGAAUAAUACUAAUAAUAACAAGAUGCACUGAUUGGAUCCUGCAACCAACCCAGUCUAAUGAUGAUCAGCGAAAUUGUCAUAGUGCACCAUCCUGUUUCUAUGUGUGUACCUGUGAACCACAAGGUGACUCUGAGCGUCCGGGCUGAGGGCACAGGUAUCCUCAACUACCAGUGGUUCACUCAUGAUGAUAAGGAGGUUCUUGGAGGCACUGAAGCAGACUUGACCAUCAAAGCUAACAAAACCCAGCUCUAUGUGUGUCGAGUGAAUGACCACUUUUGUAACUGGGCUUUCAGCGAAUGGGUGAAAGUGAAGGUUUUGGACAUUGACAAGUCAGGGUUGCCGGAAAAUUGGCUGGGUGAGCCUCACAUCGUUGACAACCCAAAACCCCAAUCAAUCCGUCAAGGAGCGAAACUCACUCUGCGCUGCGCUGCCUUCGGCAUCCCCAGUCCGCACUAUCAGUGGUACAGAAAUGGACAGCCACUGCCAAACAAGACUGGUGGUACUCUGCAGAUUGACCCUGCAACGGCUGAACAUUGUGGAUCAUACCUGUGCUCAAUAUCUAACGUGCUGCAGGAGUCUUGGACGGAAGCGGUUGAUGUCGACAUGGUGAAAACAGAUCAAACCCCAAAGGCAGCACCCACAGCCACGGAUAAAGUUGCCCUACUUAUUGGCAACUUGAAUUACUCCAAUCACCCUCCCUUAAUGGCCCCCAUUAUGGAUGUGCAUGAGUUGGCCAACCUCCUGCAGCAGCUUGGCUUCCGAGUGGUUUCCCUGCUGGAUCUUACCAGGGAGGAGAUGCUGACGGCUAUUGACAAGUUCAUCCAGCUCCUGGACAGAGGAGUCUAUGGCCUUUUUUACUAUGCGGGUCAUGGAUAUGAGCGUGUUGGGAGGAAUUACUUGGUGGCCGUUGACGCGCCCCAACCAUACCGGCCCGAAAACUGUGUCUGUGUGCAGAGGGUCAUGCUCAGAAUGCAGGAGAAGCAGACUGCACUGAGUGUAAUACUUCUGGAUACCUGUAGAAAAUGGUACAACCAGGAUUGCAUAGCUUCAGGCAUCAUGCCAUUGGGACCCAGUGGGAACACUGUUUACGGUUAUGCCACAUGUGAAGAUGCUGAGGCGUACGAGGUCCAGGAUGGUGGGAAAAGUACCGGAAUCUUCACUAAAUACUUGAACAAGCACAUCUUAGAGACAGAGAAAGUCACGCACGUCUUAGAGAAGGUGUCCGAGGAUCUAGGCAGAGACCCUCUAGUGAAAGGAAAGCAGCAGGUGGAGAUCAAACACACCCUGAAGGAACCUCGAUCCCUUGCAGAUCCAGUUCGCACCACCGGCCACACAAGGGAGCUUCAAAAGAGAGAGGCCUGCUGGAGACGAGCAAAUGAGCUACCACCGAAGAAGCAGCUGAUGUUUGUUUGUGGAGUAGAAGUGGAAGUGAGCUUCUCGGCUUUGUUCUCUAAUGUCUUGGUGGCCUUCGCCACCGUAAAGACGAAAGGCCCCCGAACCGAGGACCUCACCCUCACCCUGAGCAGCAUACCUCCAAUGGAAGACAUAUUCUCCAGCACUGGCCGCUCAGAGGAGAUGGAGUCUCUACUGUUUAAUAGAUCUGAAAACCCGGACUGUACAAUACAACUUUGUGCUCUUCAAAAGCUCACGAAAACGCUGGUCAUCAAGGUGGAGCUACACUAUACCAAAAUGGAGAGUAAACAGCGCCAGACAGAAAGCCAAAAGGUGGACAUAGGAAGGCCUCUGGUGGCAUCCUGUAAACUGUACAUGAGGAAUCACGCCACAACAGCCAAGAAUCAAGACGUUGCUUCUGCUCAAAGUACGGGCUCCGUUGCAAGCAGCAAACCGAAGGUGCAUCAGACCCCUACUGGGCCACGUCUACCUUUCACCAGAAAGGCAGAGUGUGUUGCUAAAGUUGCAGUAACAAGGAGCAACGAACCGGAAGAGAAUGAUGAAAAUGAACUGUAAUUCUUCAUUGUUCGAGAUUAGACCUUUUUGGUCCAAUUGUAAAUACUAGUUUGAAAAUGUGAUGCUUUUUACUGACGGGAUUAGAGUUGAUGAAUCGUGCAUUUUAAUCACCUGUGGUUGAUUGUGAUGAGGAAUGACUGCGUGAAUGACUGGAGUUUGUGUUUGGUUAGCAGUACUGGCCAUCAAUUCUUAUGUAAACACUGAAAAAACAUUAACACUUUUUUUUGAAGCGCAGCAGCCACAAUAUGGGCAGUGAAUGGAAGUAUGUUUUUCAUAUCUGGUCAUCCUGCCUGGGACUUAUUUAGAGAUGGAAAAAGAGCUGAUGACGGCUGAAGACAGCUUGCCCCAAAUAUUCUUAACUUUUAUACUUUUCAUAAUCUCUGGAUUUUAUAGUGUUUUGUAAAAUACAUUUUCAUCAUUAGCAAGCUGGUAAGCCUAAUUUAAGAAAUAUAAAAAAUGUCUGUUAUAACUUAUCCAAUAAAGACCACUACUUACAUUAAUAUUGUAUUUCCCCCUGAUUCUACCAGGAUGUUCAAGUUAAAAUAACAUGGAGAUCCGUUAACCUAGGUUGGCCAUGGUAACGUAAUGUUCGGUUGAAACACACCUGAUUUGGACAGCCUUUAACCUGUAAUAGCGUUAAUGUGUAUUUGAAAUUACUAAAAAUCGCCUUGCUCAGCUUGUCCCCGCUAGCUCGCCGUGAUCGUAAAGUGGUUAGUGUCCUCCGUUGUGACCGCAGCAACCACGUUUCGAAUCCGGCUCACGGUAUUUUUCCCGUGAGUAGUCUCCGGUGGAACGUUUUGUGGUCUUUAAAUGUUAUCGACAUUUCCAAACGCUUAAUCCUCCGGUAUGCUGAAAUUAAAAUACUAAAAUACGAUGUAAAAAAGCAUUAUCUCAUUUUACGAUAAUGAUUUAGUUAAUUUAUUAGUUGCUCAAAUAUGAUACCUCCCAUGAUCCUGGAGAUCCUCCGCCACACCAAACCACUCAUCUGACGUCUGGUUAAAUCGCACUAACAAUAACUGGCCUGCAGGGGACAGUAGAAUACAUUCAAUAUUCACCCACUUUGACUUAGGAAGAGGUAUGAUCAAUACAGCCUUGCCUGCUUCAAGGAUGACUUACCUUCAUUCGACCAACUAUUUCUGUUUAAACAAACUGCAGCCAACAUUUUUAAGGAUGUAUAUACAUUGUAUUCAAGCUUAGUCAUAUUGAUUAUUGAGGGUUGUUUUUGAUCUCAUAGCCAAGGUUUCCGGAGUAUUAUUGAUGGUGAUUGAUAUAUUUUACCAUCCCAGCAUCAUGUUCAAAUUGAGUAAUGCACUGCAACAUCAAUUUUGCAAAAU